UUUAUAAUGUCCUAUUGUUGUUCGCAGUGCAGUUUUACAGCUCAGUUUGAAAGUGCUUUGAUGAUGCAUCGCCAACUACAUCACGAACAGCCAACGGAUUGGGAUUUCAAACCUGGCAUAUCUAAUACAAAAUCGAAUACAGUACCUCGUGCAGCAUGUUUGGAUAAAUCUUUACCGGCGAGUUCAGAAAAACAAGGAUUGAAAUUCACACGCACGUCAUCCGCGACUCGUUUGUUCGAUAAACUCCGUGCCCGCAUCUGUCGCAGUAAGACGUUGUUUGCGCAUCCCGAAGAGGGUGAUCGCCAUGCCUAUGUCGGUGAUAUGAGCUUGAGGAAAUGUAUGGAUUUAUCCGGACAAAGCGAAUGUACAUCGAAGGCUAUGAAAGAUCUGGGGUCAAGUGUGAGUGGGGUGAUCGAACCAUUACGAGAACACAACGAGAUCUUUUCAUGUCACUUGUGUCCUUUUGAUGCUGAUCGGAUAACAAUACUAGACAGACAUCUCUUAAACGAUCAUAAAAUUGGUCUAGAUAAUCUUCUUAAGCUAGUUAUGGAUAAAACGAAGGUAGGUAUCACAGAAGAUAACACAGCACAAACUUACGGUAUAAGACAAUCAUAUUACAAACCGCCAGAUGAAAUAAUUGAAGAUGGAGAAUUUGUGAUAGAAACAGUUUCGCCUAAAAUAAAAAUAUUGAAACAUGCCUCAAGCAACACAGACUUGGUUUGGACAGAUAUAUCUGUUAUUAAAAGAAAUAAUAAAGAUAAAUCAAAAGAUAUAGAAAGUAUAAAUGACAAACCUAUAGAUGAGUGUGAUAAAAAUGUUCUGUACGCGAAAAUGGAAACACUUAAUGAUUACAUGUCGAAAUUUGUUGAUUCUUCAAACAAUCUAAAAAAAGUAUUAACAAAAGAAUUCGAUCAAAAUAAUUCAGGGAGUAAAAGAAAUGAUAAACCCUAUUUUAAUCUUGGACUGGGAGAUCAAGAUUCACCGAGAGAUUGGGAACGAGCUCAUAGCGAAAAACUAGAGAGGAACCGAAAGAAAUGUGACGAAAAUCGAGGUGAGAAGAUGAAGUUUUCUUCGGAGAGUUUUUACUUUUGACAUUUUCAUGUAUUAAGUGCUUUAUAAAUAAAUAUCUGAUCACUGUA